CUCAUCAUCCGCGACGACGCCGCCUCCGUCGGAGAGUACAUUGGCAACUACAUCGCGAAGCGGAUCAACGACUUCAAGCCGACGCCCGAGAAGCCGUUCGUGCUCGGGCUCCCGACGGGCUCGUCGCCCAUCCCGACGUACAAGCACCUUAUCAAGCUCGUGAAGGACGGCAAGCUCUCCUUCAAGAACGUCGUCACGUUCAACAUGGACGAGUACGUCGGCCUGCCCGAGGACCACCCCGAGUCCUACCACACCUUCAUGUUCCGCGAGUUCUUCUCGCACGUCGACAUCCCGCCCUCGCAGGUGAACAUCCUGAACGGGAACGCGAAGGACCUCAUCGGCGAGUGCAACGCGUACGAGGCGAAGAUCAAGGCGCACGGCGGCAUCGAGCUCUUCCUUGGGGGCAUCGGCGAGGACGGCCACAUCGCGUUCAACGAGCCCGGCUCCUCGCUCGCCUCGCGGACGCGCAUCAAGACGCUCGCGUACGACACGAUCCUCGCGAACGCGCGCUUCUUCAACAACGACAUCGCGGCCGUGCCGCGCAUGGCGCUCACCGUCGGCGUCGCGACCGUGCUCGACUCGCGCGAGGUCGUCGUAGUCGUCACUGGGCAGCGCAAGGCGCUCGCGCUCUCCAAGGCGAUCGAGGAGGGCGUGAACCACCUCUGGACGCUCUCCGCGCUGCAGAUGCACCCGUGGGCGCUCAUCGUCGUCGACGAGGACGCGACGGCGGAGCUGCACGUCAAGACCGUUAAGUACUUCAAGUCGAUUGAGCGCGUGCAGGACGAGGUCGAGGCUAUGCAUGACGCGCUCCGCCUCCAGGGCGUCGAGGAGCCGGUUGGGAGCAUGGAGUAA